AUGCCUAAUCAAGAGAAGGGCGGCUGGGUCAGAAAACUGCGACCUGGCAGACACCUACUCGAAGCAUGGAUUCUCUCUGCUGCUAUUGUCUCAAUCUCCAACGUUCUUGCUCAAUUCAUCGAUGCCUCGAGGGCAGAAGACCCGUUUACUCUCGACCUGCCUCGACUACUCCGCUUUCUGUGCCUUGAUCUCAUUACAGCGCCCUUGAACUACAAAUGGCAGGAACUACUCGAGAACACAUUUCCAAGACACCUCCAUCGCCCAGUAGGCGGAAAGUACGAGUCCAUCCCACUCGAAGAUCGUGACGAAGAAAAGGGCUCCCUGGCCAACGGCAUUGAGGGAGAUGACGCCAAAGCAGGAGAGAGCUCCGGAGGUCGGUACCGGCGGCGACGAAAUAAGACUCCACAGAGGCUUCCUAAGAAGAACUGGAAGAACAUCUGGACGAAAUGGUUCAUUGACUGUAUGACUCUUGGUGCUUUGUUCAACACAGUUGGCUUCUUGAUCAUCAUGGGUUUCCUGAAUGGCCAACCUCAGAAUAUCCUUGCGAAUUUGCGCACACGGACGAUGGUCAUCGUGCUCAACGGGUACAAGAUUUGGCCUUUUGCGAAUAUCGUCGCACAGGCCUUCAUCCCCUUCGAGCGACGAAUCGUAUUCUUCGCGACGGUGGCGCUAGUCUGGAAUAUUUAUCUGAGUUUGGUUGCGGCCACGCUGUAG